GGUCCUGGUCUAGUGAUUUUAGUCUGCUUCAUACCUCAAAUUUCAUAAUUAGUAUGGCGAAUAUCAUCUUUAGUCUGUAGGGACUACUAGGUACUUUUCGUCAUUAGCACUUCGUGUGAACUUCAAAUAUUCCACUGCCUCAGCAGUUUAAAUCCAGAUUGUUUCGCACAUAUCAUUGAGCUCUCCAUUUCCUUUUCUUAAUUUCCCUGCCACCUAUCAUCUCAACCAUUAACAUAUAUACAUACACAAUCUCAUAUUUUGAAUUACUUCUAUACAAUUGGUUGUCUUAUCUGGCAUACACAAUACCAUCCACAGUCACAAUGGCUGCCCAUUUCUCUUCAUUCAUCGACGUCGUAUCGACAAACAACGAGCUUGUUGCUGCUGGUACGGCUGCGAACAAUGAACCCAUCGCCGCUCCUCAGAAAUCAGUCACCAGAACCUAUCACUCAGCCCAACAACCUCAUGCAAUUGAGCUGGAUAAUUUACAAUGGGGAUCAAAUGUCAAUCGACCAUCUGCAUCUGGAACCACCACACCUGGAGCAGAACCUGGAUCGGGAUGGUCAACUCCAGGCUGGCAGGGUUCAACGUCCCCAAGCGCUUUGGAGGAGAGUCGGCCACAAACUCCAAAUAACGAACCGGAAUAUAUCGUUCAAAGCUUCUCUAAUCCCCCCAAAAAUAGAUUCAGAAUGGCUGCGACCUGUUUGUUAAACUUUGGCAAUGGUUUGAGUGAUGCUGCAGCUGGACCAUUGAUUCCAAAGAUGAUCAUAGCAUAUGGCAUUCAAGAAAGACUCGUAUCUCUCAUAUUCAUCACGCAGGCAGUAGGCUAUAUUUCGGCCGCCUUCUUCAUAGAUGCUAUCAGAUCUCGAUUUGGAAGAGCCAAAUCUAUAAUGUUUGCUGAAGGUCUCAUGGUUAUUGGCUAUGUGAUGAUCGUUACCAAUCCUCCAUUCGCAGUAGUUGUCGUGGCAUUUUUAUUCAUCGGAUUUGGCAUGGCAAUUAACUUGUCCUUGUCAAACGUUUUCGCAGCCAACCUAGAUAAUGGUACUAAGAUGUUGGGCUUCAUGCAUGGUUCUUACGGAAUUGGAGGUAUCAUUGCUCCAUUGAUAGCUACUGCACUUGUUUCAUCUGGAAUUUCAUGGAGUCGUUACUACUUUAUUCCGCUCGGAAUGAUGCUUGCCAAUCUAGUAUUUGCGGGAUGGGCUUUCUGGGACUACGAGGAUCCAAAUGAAAUGGCAUUGCUCAACUUGACUCAAUCAGGAAGCAAACCAAAAUUCAGUGCAAAGAAGGAGUUGAAGGAAAUGUUGAAAGCUGCUAAAUUACCAGCUGUAUUGAUUGGAGCCACUUUCAUUUUCUGCUACCAAGGUGCGGAAGUUUCUAUCUCCGGAUGGGUUGUCUACUUCCUUCAACAAGUCAGAGGUGCCAACAAUAAUGCUGGAUAUGUUACUGCUGGUUUCUGGGGUGGUAUCACAGUCGGUCGUUUCUUGCUGUCUCCUAUCGGGCACAAGAUUGGCGAAAGGAAGUUUGUGGUUAUCGUUGUGAUUUUAUCAGCUGCUUUCGAAGGAAUCGUUUGGGGUGUCCCUAAUGUCAUUGGAGACGCUGUUGCGGUUUCUAUCGUCGGUCUCCUUCUCGGCCCCGUCUACCCAUGUGCCGCCUACGUUUUUACUCGCAUUAUCCCUCGCAAAUACCAAGUCAGUGGAAUGAGUGUCAUCAGUGCUCUUGGUAGUUCUGGUGGUGCCAUUGCUCCUUUCACUACCGGAGUUUUGGCUCAGGCGGUGGGCAAUUUUGUCUUACAUCCUAUUGCUUUAUUUCUCUUUGGUGUCAUGCUGGUUUGCUGGUUCUUAUUACCAAAGUCGGAGAAGAAAGACGAGUAAACAUACGGUAUGCUCGCAUGAUGAUCGACUUCGCGGCAAAAAACGGAAAUUGAAAAUGAAAUGCGCUUUGAAUUUGGAUACAUAUCUACAUGGAUUUUCGGUACUGAGUGGAUGUGCCAUGGCGUUUUAAAUGAUACCUAGACGUUGGGACAUGGCUGAUGAGCGUAUGUGGAGGGACCAUGGCGUCAAUAUAUGAAAGACUUGCUUUCUGAUUUGUAUUGGGAUUUUUGAAAUUUGUUGAUGGAAAUUGUUGUUUGAUAUUGAGAUAUCGGAAAGACCACUAAAAGUUACAGUAAUAUUGGGCUAUCUAAUCAUGGCUUACGAUAGGGAGAAUACAACUUCAUCGUCUAUCUACCA